AGGGACACUAUUGUCGAAGAAGUCCGUGAGGGUGGAGAAAAAAUGGGGCCACCCAAUAUACAUCAUUGGCCAUGACAAGACUACUAGUUCUAGCCAUGCUGACAGGCUCAAUUAUAUUGCCUCCCUAGCAUCGAUUGCUUCAUUUGGAACAUACUUAGGCUACUAUCUGGCAGAAAAGCCUCCUCUGUUGGACUUGGAGGGUGUGAAAGCGGUGGUGGCUUUGGGAACUGCUAUCCAAGCUCAGGGCGAAAGUUUGCAAGAAGAGAUGACAACCAUAGGGAGCAGCAUCGAGACGAUUAAGAAAGACAUCCAGGAGCUGAAGCAGAAGAAAUCUGGCUUCAGGUUUUGGUGAGAUGGAGAUUAUUCUUGAAGGGUUUUUACGUUUUUUAAUUAACAGAAUGCCUAUAUCUAUGCCUAUAUCUAUUGUUUCUUGGAUAAAAAAGUGUCUAUAGUUGACACGUAACCUUCGAGGAAAAAUAUCCUACUCAUAUGCCAUGAAAGAAACUGUGAUGAACAAAUUAUGUUUUUUUAAUUAGAAUUUUUGCUUUCUCUAUUGCAUGAUAAGUAUUGACUUUUUGUUGGUAUCGAUGAGAUGUAAUUCAUAAAGUAAGAUCUUUCUGAUUUUA